AAGUUCCUUUACGUCAACUCCAACUAACGAAAAGUCCUCUAAGGUCGGCCAUUCCGUAUUUUCCAACUUUAUUAUUAUUCCAAUCGCCGAUCUAAAAAAAAAAAAUAGUUCCUCAUUUUAUACGUCUCGUUGAUUUUGUAUAUGAAGCCAAAAGAGUAAUUAAUUUGAGGUAAAUCACUCUCUAUUUGUUGUGAUUAAUUAGGGAUCUAUAUGUUAUGGAGGUGUUUAAAUUUAAACUAUGCCGUUUAUUAUUACUUAUUAUAAUUGGUAUUUGUUGUCAUUUGAUUGGAUUUUCGGUUUGUGAUCCGGGUUCGGGUUGCCCGAAAACCCGAAGUGCAUCUCUAACGAACUACACAUACCAAUUUUCUAUGGCACAACAUCAAUUACGAGGUGUGGUUAAUGUAAUAGAUGAUUGUUCAUUUAAGGUUAGUCAAUUUGAUAUGCUUGAAGGUUCUGAUGUUCGUUUUUGGGGUUCUGUUGGUGACCAUUUAGAAAACCUAACAAAGGGUUUUGUAAUAUCUGAGAUGAAGUUGAAUAAGAGUUUUAAAAGUGAUGAUUUUGUUGUGAAAUUGAUCAAGAAUGUUACGUGGGACGAUAUAAAUGUGCUAGCUGUUUGGGAUCUUCCUAUGGCGUCGGAUUUUGGUCAUGUUGUUUUGAGGAAUUUGACGAAUGGGACGGAGUUUUUAGCCCCGUUGGAGAGUGAGGUUAAUGGGACGGUUAUUAAGGGGAGUGGGAUGCCUACAAUGUUUAAUAAUUGUAAGGUGUUAGCGGAUAAUUAUAGGGUUAGGUGGAGUUUGAAUGAGGAAGAGGAUGUGAUCGAGAUUGGAUUAGAGGCAGCGAUAGGAUUUCUGAGUUACAUGGCGUUUGGAUGGGCGAAUCCGAAUGCUUCGAGUAGUUUUAUGAUUGGUGGUGAUGUUACUGUUACGGGUUUUAAGGAAGAUUUAUCGCCGUUUGCUGAUGAUUAUUUUAUUACUAAGUAUAGUGAGUGUAUGAUUAGUAAGGAUGGGAGAGUUGAGGGUGUUUGUCCGGAUACUAUAUAUGAAGGGUCUGAUCCGGUUGGGUUAGUGAAUAAUACGAGGUUGGUUUAUGGGCAUAGGAAGGAUGGUGUGUCGUUUAUUAGGUUUAGGAAGCCAUUGAAGUCCAUUGAUACAAAGUAUGAUUUGCCGUUGAAUCAAAAUGCUACGAUGAGAGUGAUAUGGGCUUUAGGUUUGAUAAAGCCUCCGGAUAGUCUUCGCCCUUUUUAUCUUCCACAAAACCAUGGUGGUAGUUAUGGGCACUUGACUCUUAAUGUCUCAGAACAUGUUGAUGAUUGCUUGGGGCCGCUGGAUGCGGAAGAUAAACAAGAUCAAGACCUUGUCAUCGCAGAUAAAAAAGGACCAAUUGUUGUUUCAACAGGUCCAGCCGUGUUUUACCCAAAUCCUCCCAACCCUUCAAAAGUACUUUACCUCAACAAGAAAGAGGCACCUCUUCUCAGAGUAGAGAGGGGUGUUCAAGUAAAGUUUUCAAUUCAGGCUGGACAUGAUGUUGCAUUCUAUAUAACCUCAGAUCCACUCGGUGGAAAUGCUACUUUGAGGAAUAUGUCAGAGACUAUCUACUUUGGGGGCCCUGAAGCACAAGGAGUUCAAGCCACUCCCACAGAAUUAGUUUGGGCUCCUGAUCGGAACACGCCAGAUUUAGUUUACUAUCAGUCUCUAUAUGCUCAGAAAAUGGGUUGGAAAGUUCAAGUGGUUGAUGCAGGCUUACCUGAUAUGUAUAAUAGCAGUGUUGUUCUGGAUGAUCAGCAGGUUACUUUCUUUUGGACGUUGGCUGAAAAUUCAAUCUCCAUUGCAGCUCGAGGGGAGAAAAAGAGUGGUUAUUUGGCACUUGGUUUUGGUCGUGGUAUGGUGGAUAGUUAUGCGUACGUGGGCUGGGUUGAUGACACUGGUAAAGGGAAGGUAAGCACAUACUGGAUAGAUGGAAGAGAUUCUUCCAAUAUUCACCCAACUAAUGAGAAUCUCACACACGUAAGAUGCAAGUCAGAGAAUGGCAUUAUUACUAUGGAAUUCACUCGUCCACUACGUCCAUCUUGCGAUGAUGAUAAGCCAGAGUGCAAAAAUAUUGUUGAUCCUACGACACCACUCAAAGUCAUCUGGGCUAUGGGUGCUCAAUGGUCAGAUGGCCAUCUGAGUGUGAGAAAUAUGCACUCCGUCACAAGCAGCAGGCCUAUCAGAGUGCUGCUCAUGCGUGGUUCAGCAGAGGCAGAGGAGGAUUUACGGCCAGUGUUAGCUGUACAUGGGUUUAUGAUGUUUCUGGCUUGGGGAAUAUUGCUGCCAGGCGGUAUUUUAGCAGCUAGAUAUUUGAAACAUGUCAAGGGAGAUGGGUGGUUUCAGAUUCAUGUUUAUCUACAGUAUUCUGGAUUAUCAAUUGUCUUCCUUGGCUUUCUCUUUGCUGUGGCCGAACUUCGCGGUUUGAGUUUCAGCUCCCUUCAUGUUAAGUUUGGAAUGCUGGCCAUAGUUCUUGCUAUUGCACAACCUGUCAAUGCAUACCUACGACCUAAGAAACCUGGAGCUGGAGAGGAGGUUUCUUCAAAACGGCAUGUUUGGGAGUAUAUCCAUGUCAUUGUGGGUAGGGGUGCCAUCCUUGUUGGGAUUGCAGCUCUUAUAACUGGAAUGAAGCAUUUAGGAGAGAGGUAUGGUGACGAAGAUGUUCACAGGCUCAUGUGGGCUUUAAUUCUGUGGAUUCUUGUUGGUGCUUUGACAGUGAUGUAUCUGGAGUAUCGCGAGAGGAAGAGAAGGCGAGAUAGAAUAUCAGGCAGAAGCAAUUGGGUUCUGGGUAGUGGUGAGGAGGAGGACAUUGACCUCCUCAGUCCAAGCCAGACAAUGGCAGAGAAAGACUUAGGUUCCUCUGAUCGCAUGGAAGUUCAACUAGAACCGAUUAGCAGAUAAAGAUUCACAUAUAGGCAUGUUCUGUAAAUCUGUUAUCACAAAUUUUGGGGUUGUUUCUAGUCCAAAAAAUGCCUGUUUUCAUACAAGGACUAUUGGUGAUAUAGAUCCAUCGUGUUAUAUGCCUAGAGACGGGUUCUGUUCCAACUUUUGGGUCCUGCGGAGGAGAUGCUCAGCUGCCUGUAUUAGAGACCGGCAACAUUCAUUGAGGUAGUUCUAACUAGGAGACAGCAAAUUGUUACACUUGUGUACAUUAGUGAUGUACGGUUAAAUUCGUAGAAUGGAUUUGAACCAUGUUCCCCCCACCGUUUGUCUAAAUUGAGAAAGGGAACAUCGAGAGGAAACGGAUAAAAAGAUUUAUGCGGGAAGUUAUAAAACAAUUUUCUAUUGCAGUUUGUUUUUCUUGAUGCAUUAUACCGAUUGUUCGGGAUUUCAAUGA